CCUCCUAAUUCUGUUUGUAAUUUGCAUCGAUCUUUGAAGCCUAUAUUUCUAAUAUUCUAAUCGUACCAAUGAUUUCCAACUGGAGAAAGCGAAGAGCCGGUCGCCGUGCCAGUAAGAACCAGGAGCGGCCGGAAGGCAACCUCGACAUGGAGGUCACUAUUCCGACUCAUUUCCGAUGCCCCAUAUCGCUUGAGCUGAUGAAGGAUCCGGUCACGUUAUCCACCGGCAUCACUUAUGAUCGUGAGAGCAUCGAGACAUGGAUCGAGUCUGGGAAUCAAACAUGCCCGGUUACCAAUCAGGUGUUAAGAAGCUUGGACCAGAUCCCAAAUCAUGCCAUACGGAAGAUGAUACAGGACUGGUGCGUCGAGAAUCGGUCUUUCGGCGUUGAAAGGAUACCCACGCCUCGAAUUCCUGUAACACCAUUUGAGGUCUCACAGAUUCUUUCGAGGAUUACGGAUGCAGCUCGACGUGGGGAUCAGUCUGGGUGCCAGGAAUUGGUGGUGAAGAUCAAGAACUUGGGGAAGGAAAGCGAGCGCAAUAAGCGGUGCAUCGUGGGGAACGGGACGGGGCGUGUUCUGGCGGCAACAUUCGAGGCUUUCGCUGCGGCCUCAUUCGAGAAGAACACCGAUGUGCUGGAGGAGAUCUUAUCUGCACUCACAUGGAUGCUUCCGCUGGAUUUAGAAGCUCAAUCUUACUUAGGAUUACCAGCUCCUUUACGUUGCAUGGUAUGGUUUUCCAAGUCCGGAGGUCUCUCAGGAAGGCAGAAUGCAGUUCUGGUAUUGAAAGAGCUCUCUUCGGAUCAGAGACAUGUCAGUCUCCUGGCCCGGACUGAAGGAGCUAGCGAAGCAUUGGUGAAACUAAUCAAAGAGCCCAUCUGCCCUACAGCCACAAAAGCUUCCUUGGUGGUCAUCUACAGGAUGGUUUCAUCAUCUGUUUCCAGUGACAAAAUUAGAUCAAGAUUUGUAGAUAUGGAUCUGAUUUCGUUGCUGCUAGACAUCCUGGUCGAUUCAGACAAGAGCCUCUGUGAGAAGGCUCUGGGUGUUCUCGAUGGUCUGUGCAGUUGCCAAGAGGCAAGGGAGAAAGCCUAUGCCCAUGCUCUAACCAUGCCAGUCUUGGUUAAGAAGAUUCUGCGCAUAUCAGACCUGGCUACCGAGUUCACAGUCUCCAUUCUCUGGAAGCUUUGCAAGAAUAAAAAGAUUGAUGAAGGGAGUAUUCUGGUUGAGGCUCUUCAAGUGGGUGCAUUUCAGAAGCUAUUGCUGCUCUUACAGGUUGGCUGUGGUGAGAGAACAAAGGAGAAGGCAACUGAGCUACUGAAAUUGUUGAAUCUUUACAGAGGAAAGUUGGAAUGUAUUGAUUCAAUGGACUUCAAAGAACUCAGAAGGCCUUUUUGAUGUAUAAAUCCAUUGCUUAAUUAUUAGUAUAAGAGAGGGAAAUUAUAUUAUUAUUGCUUAUGUUA